AUAGUGUGUGGUUACCCUGGCGGCCUCGCCUGUAAAUUUAUCAUUGAUGGCCGGCCCACCCUCCCAUUUAACUCUCAUGUGUUAGUAUAGUGUAACAAAUUUGUUUGUGAAUCACGUUGGAUAUCUAAUAUCUUGUGUUUUGCAUUUUUGCUGUAUAACUGCGGUUCCUACUAUAUACUUGAAUUUUUGUUUUAAAAUUUGAAUUGAAAGAAAUUACCGUUUUUCGUCAACUAGUCAUCAUAUCAAACUAGAACUGGCUGACGUCCCUAGUUCAGAGGAGCUUGAAAAAAGCAAGGUUGUUGAAAUGUCAGGGGAUCAUCGUACUGUUAUCAAAGGUAGUCCAUCCCAGUAUGUUAAGUUGAAUGUAGGUGGAUCUCUUCACUACACCACUAUAGGAACAUUGACAAAACAUGAUACUAUGUUGCGGGCAAUGUUUAGUGGGCGCAUGGAAGUACUCACAGAUUCAGAAGGUUGGAUUUUGAUUGACAGAUGUGGCAAACAUUUUGGUAUAAUCCUGAAUUUCUUAAGAGAUGGAAGUGCUCCUCUUCCUGAAAGUCCUAGAGAAACUGCUGAAUUAUUGGCUGAAGCCAAAUAUUAUUGUGUAGCUGAGCUAGUGAAUGCAUGUGAGAAUGCACUGAAGCGAAGAGAGCGAGAGCGAGAUGUGGAACCUGCUUGCCGGGUUCCGUUAGUAACUUCAGCUCGCGAAGAACAAAUGUUGAUUUCGACUUCAGCAAAACCAGUGGUGAAAUUGCUCAUCAACCGUCACAACAAUAAGUACUCUUAUACUAGCGCUUCCGAUGACAAUUUGCUCAAAAACCUAGAACUCUUUGAUAAGUUAAGUUUGAGAUUCAGUGGACGGGUUCUUUUCUUAAAAGACGUAAUCGGAUCUCAAGAAAUCUGUUUGUGGAGUUUUUUUGGUCAUGGGAAAAAAGUGGCUGAAGUUUGCUGCACAAGCAUUGUUUAUGCUACAGAUAAAAAACAUACCAAGGUUGAAUUUCCGGAAGCAAGAAUUUACGAAGAAACUCUGAACAUUUUGUUGUACGAACAUCGCCCCGGACCAGAUGCUGACCUAAUGCAAGCGACUUCAACGGCAAAAGGUGCAGCUGCGGCUCUUGCUGCUAGUGGAAAUGCAGGUGGAGCUGUUUCGCAUGCGAGUGACGAGGAAGAAGAAACGGCGGCUACCAGCACACGACGAGUUGUCAGCGCUGGUCUUGCUAGGUUGCGUCUCUCUUAGAUUAGUUUCGUUGAAUGUUACAAAAUUGAUCACUCGUUCGUAUUAAAUACUAUAUAUCACCUAGUCUCCCUGGGUUUGUUCAAUGAUUGAUUGUUUUAUUGUUUGUAUUACUAUAAGGAAUGCCACGCAAAAAUACACCACGUGUAAAAAAUU